AUUUAGUAUGGUACCGCAAAACAGACCGUGAGUUGUAAAAGCAAACAGCUGAUUGUUGAUCUCGUGUUUUCGUCUUUCCAUUUAUUUGCCACGAAGGUUUCGAUGAGCUGAUGCAUAGUGUGGAUCGAGUUGGUGAUUGUUAGACCUUGAAAAACUAAGUUUCGCACUACCUUAAAACUAGAGUUGCUCGAGCCAAACGUGCCGGAAACUGCUCCCUCCCCUGAACCUGGUCCCUCCCCAAAAAUGGCGGAGGAUGGAAAGACUCCAGCGUCGUUACGAGAAAGAAGGAAAACCAUCACAGCGCCAGAUGCUCCAUUUCUUCUGAGCUUCCCCCGCCGAUUUGCCUACGGCGUCGGCCACGUUCUCAAUGAUCUGUGUGCCUCCAUGUGGUUCAGCUAUCUUCUUGUCUUCUACCAUAAAGUCCUAUCCUUCAAUAAUGUGAAUGCAGGUUACAUGAUGCUGAUUGGGCAAGUCAGUGACGCCAUGUGCACGCCCCUGAUUGGCUACGAGUCUGACAAAUCGCUGGGCUGUCGCUACGGCAAACGGAAAACCUGGCAUCUCUUAGGCACUAUCUGCGUCAUGAGCAGUUUCGUCUUCAUCUUCAGUCCCGUCAUCGCCACAGAGCAUGCCAGCCAGUGGGCGGAGCUGCUGUACUUCGCUCCGUUCAUCGUCAUCUUCCAGUUUGGUUGGGCGUCCACUCAGAUUUCGCACCUGUCUCUCAUCCCUGAACUGACCAAUGUGGCUGCUGAGAGGGUGGCCCUUAAUGCCAUUAGGUAUACAUUUACUGUGUUUGCCAACAUCUUUGUGUAUGGCAUUUGCUGGGUACUUUUGAAUUCCACGGGAACAGACAAGCUGUCUCACAACGAUGUUCCACAGUUCAGGUAUCUUGCCAUAAUUGUCGUCGGGACAGGCGCCAUCUUUUCCCUAAUCUUCCACUGUGGGACCAAAGAGCCCACAGAGUCCCGCACGUCUCAGAUGCAAUGCUGCAUUGUCAACAAGAAGAAGUAUGGCAGCAGUGAGCAAUGCAAGAUGCUGUGGAAGGAUUGGCUGUUUGAGUCGCAGUUCUAUCAGGUCGCGAUGAUAUACAUGUGCAGUAGACUGAUGGUCAACAUAUCCCAAGUUUACAUUCCGAUGUAUGUAACAGAGACUCUAAUGAUGAGCAAGACCACGAUUGCUCUGGUACCGUUAGUUAUUUACGUCAGCGGGUUUUUGACUUCAUUCUUUGCUGGCAUAUUGAAUAAAUGUUUAGGCCGAAAGUUAACAUAUUUCUUGGCUGUGCUCGUAUUCCUCGGUGGCUGUGCCUGGCUGUAUUUCCCUGGCAUCGGCUUACAGGUCUAUGGUGCUGCUGCCCUCCUUGGUGCUGGGGGCUCAACGCUUCUGGUGACAUCAUUAGCAUUGACGUCUGAUCUCAUCUCACAUAACACGGAGUCCGGUGCAUUUGUCUACGGUGCCAUGAGUUUCACAGACAAGCUGUCCAACGGAAUCACAGUCAUCAUCAUCCAGUAUUGUCAUCCAUGCGUAAAUUGUUGUCCAGCUUGCAAGUGGUUCUACAGGGAUAUUCAGGUUUUUGUUCCUGGUGGUGCGGCCAUAGUUGGAAUAAUCAUCCUCCUUACUCUGCUGCCAGUCACUGUAGGCGUCAGGAAAAACCCACCGAGGUCGUACUCCGUGAUCGCGAAUUCCGACAUGGAGAGUGAGGGUGAGAUUGAGCCUUGCGACGAGUGCAAAAAGCUGUUCCCAGUCUCGCGGAGCACCAGCUACAACAACUCACCGAUCAACGGCUACGGGUCGGUUCAGUCCACACGAGAAGACAGCGACUCUAGCAGUUCAUAGAUACAAAGUGUACAUUCUUAGGAAAAUCAAAACAUGGGGAGAUUAGGGCUUCAGAGCGUGAUAGUCUCGCAAGCCGUUCACAUUUUAUGUGAACGUCUUGGAACCAAACAAUGACCCCUGUGUUUGAAUUUACUCAAUUGUUAUCUGGUUGAACGGAAGUUAAGGUCAACAGUUUUAAAUAUUGUAAAAACACUUUAAUUUGCAAUAUUUCCAUUAUAUUGUAAAUUGAAACGCUGUCUUUUCUUUCAAGGUACCCCUUUAUUGCCCUUGAUUGAUGGGUGGACCCAGUCAGGACACUAAUACAUGGUCAUGGGUGUCGCCAAGAUUUUUUCGGGGGGGGGGGG